CCGACCGUGUUGUCAAACGGGCGGGGGUCUCGGAUUGGUCCAGCCGCCGGGACAACACCUGCUCGACUCCUUCAUUCAAGUGACACCAGAGCUUCCAGGGAUAUUUGAGGCACCAUCCCUGCCAUUGCCGGGCACUCGCGGCGCCGCUAACGGCCUGGUCACAUGCUCUCCAGAGAGCUACGGGAGGGCGCUGGGUAACCUCUAUCCGAGCCGCGGCCGCAAGGAGGGAAAAGGCGAGCGAGGAGGAAGAGUGGGAGGAGGAGGGGAAGCGGCCAAGGAGGAGGAAGAGGAGGAGGGGAGCACAAAGAAUCCAGGUCUCCGGGCGGGAGGUUUACACCAAGAACCAUGUGUGCCGAGCGGCUGCGCCAGUUCGUGACCCUGGCUUUGGUGUUGGCUACCUUCGACCCGGCGCGAGGGACCGACGCCACCAAUCCGCCCGAAGGUCCCCAAGACAGGGGAUCCCAGCAGAAAGGCCGUCUGUCCUUGCAGAACACAGCGGAAAUCCAGCACUGCUUGGUCAACGCUGGCGAUGUGGGGUGUGGCGUGUUUGAGUGUUUCGAGAACAACUCUUGUGAGAUACGGGGCUUACAUGGAAUUUGCAUGACUUUUCUGCACAACGCUGGAAAAUUUGAUGCCCAGGGCAAGUCCUUCAUCAAAGAUGCCUUGAAGUGUAAGGCCCAUGCUCUGCGGCACAGAUUCAGCUGCAUAAGCCGGAAGUGCCCGGCCAUCAAGGAGAUGGUGUUCCAGUUGCAGCGGGAAUGCUACCUCAAGCACGACCUGUGCUCUGCCGCCCAGGAGAACACCCGGGUGAUGGUGGAGAUGAUCCACUUCAAGGACUUACUGCUGCACGAACCCUACGUGGACCUGGUGAACCUGCUGCUGACCUGUGGGGAGGAGGUGAAGGAGGCCAUCACGCACAGCGUCCAGGCUCAGUGUGAGCAGAACUGGGGAAGUCUGUGCUCCAUCUUGAGUUUCUGCACCUCGGCCAUCCAGAGGCCUCCCACGGCGCCUCCCGAGCGCCAGCUCCAGGGCCACAGGGCCAAGGUCUCCAGGGGCCACCACGGCGAAGCAGGUCACCACCUCUCGGAGCCCAGCAGUCAGGAGACCCGCCGAGGUGCCAAGGGCGAGCGAGGUAGCAAGAGCCACGCAAACGCCCACACCCGGGGUAGAGCGGCCGGCCACGGGGCCCAGGGAACUUCUGGAAGCAGCGAGUGGGAGGAUGAACAGUCUGAGUAUUCUGAUAUCCGGAGGUGAAACGAAAGGCCCGGCCGGGAAAUCUUUCCUCCACGCCGUCCAUUUUCUUCUCUCUGGACAUUCCAAAACAUUUGCCAUUAAAGAGGGGGGAUGUCACACGCAGGAUUUGAUGGGGAUUGCGGACUUGAUGGAGGUGUAUGUUAGCGGCAUGAACAGGUGAAGCGGAGACUCCCUGGGCAGCAGCGAGGGCUCGGUUUUGCCCGCCGGGUCCCGCACCUGCACAUCCCGAAGGGAGGGAGCCACCCGGCGUCCUCAUUGCAACUUUGCCUUCUUUCCAUCCGCGGAGCCCCUGGGCGGCAGCCUGCGGUUCCCUCUGCUGUGGGAGGCGAUGGGGAGGGGCGGGGGUGACCCCCGGGGCUGGGUCGCGGCCCAGACCGCAGCUUCUGGUGCUGUCUUGGUGGAGGGCAGCUGGAUUCCGGUGCAGGAGUGGGUGUGAAGAUCUCCCUGGGAAUCAGGAGAAGGGUGGAGAGGAAGCAGGGGCCGUGUGGGUGCUUGGUGCCAAACCAAAUCCAGUUUCUUGCAUGGGACCUUGAGGUUUGGAGCAACUUGGGAAGGGGCGGGUGAGGGUUCUAAGUGUAAUUUCUGAGCCAUUGUUCUGUCUGGGGCACCCUGUCCGAGGGAGUGGCCCCUGUGUGUUUGUAUUUUAACCACUGCUUCAAGUCUCGAUUUCACUUUUUUUUUUUAUUUAUCCAGUUACAUCUCCAUAUCUGUCGUCUAAAUAAAUAGCUUUCAAAC